CGAUCAUUCAUGCAUGCUCUGUUUUUCUCGAGAAAAUAAUUAAUACAAGUAUGGGAAGCAAGCACAGUAAGCAAUCUCGCCGGCGUUCCGGCAGCUACACUAACCGUAGAUGCCAUUCCAAGACGACGCCGGUGACUUACUACGAUGGUACAACAACCCAACAAAUUCCUUGGGGUAAGCAACAAACAACCAAACCAAAAUCCAGGUACUUACAAAUUGGAGAUGAUUACAGCUCCCUGGAACAGGUAGCUGAAGCACUUGCCCAAGCUGGUCUUGAAUCAUCGAACCUCAUAGUUGGAAUCGAUUUCACAAAGAGCAAUGAAUGGACCGGCGAAAGGUCUUUCCAGGGGAAGUGCCUCCAUCAUCGUGGGGUUACUCCCAACCCAUAUGAACAAGCAAUCUCGAUUAUCGGAAGAACACUUUCAGCUUUUGAUGAGGAUAAUCUGAUCCCCUGUUUUGGUUUUGGUGAUGCCACCACCCAUGAUCAAGAAGUAUUCAGCUUCUACCCUGAAGACAGGGUUUGCAAUGGGUUUGAACAAGUACUCAGUCGUUACAAAGAAAUCCUUCCACAUCUCCACUUCUCUGGGCCAACAUCUUUUGCUCCUGUGAUUGAAACUGCAAUGGGGAUUGUGGACAAGAGUGGUGGUCAGUAUCACAUUCUUCUCAUUAUUGCAGAUGGACAGGUGACACAAAAUCAAGAUCCAUAUAGCACAAGGUUAAGCUCCCAGGAACAGAAUACCAUCAAUGCUAUUGUGAAAGCCAGCAAGUUCCCUCUUUCAAUUGUGCUUGUUGGUGUUGGCGAUGGACCGUGGGAAACAAUGCGUAAAUUCGAUGAUAACAUCCCUGCUAGAGCCUUUGAUAAUUUUCAGUUUGUGAAUUUCACCUCAAUCAUGUCCAAAAACAUUCAUUCAUCCAAGAAGGAGGCAGAAUUUGCAUUGGCUGCGUUGAUGGAGAUACCUUCACAAUACAAAGCCACUCUGGAGCUCCAACUUCUAGGUUGUAGGAAAGCGACUCCUCCAACGACAAAACGUCCUCGUCCUCCCCCUGUCCCAUACUCUCGGAACAUGUUGGUAACCUCAUAUCGACCUAAUAUGAUGUCAAGUAACGAGAACUGCCCCUUAUGCUCAUGGAAGAAGAAGGAUCUUGCAUUUGGAUGUGGGCAUCAGACAUGCUCCGAUUGUGGAAGAGAUGUGAAGCUCUGCCCAGUAUGUCAAGUCAUUGUGUCCACUAGGAUAAAGUUGUUUGAUUCAUAAAUUAAUUAAACAAGAAACCUUUUUUUGGUAUAUAAUAACUUGCAAAGGAUCCAUUGUACUCCUACAAACAUCAUACUUCGAACUAGCUAUUUGAUGUACUUGUUGUGCGUUUUUAUACGUGUAGCUCCAUCUUCGAUUUUCAUUUUGUAUUCGAAUAGUAAGAAUUCUUAAGCUUUUAGUUU